UCAAAUUUCUGAUAACGGUAGACCACCAUAUUAGCCAACUUCGUACAUGUUGAAAUAUACUGAUAAUAUAUUGUUUUGGUACUAAAUUUGAAUUUAACUGUGUAAUUUUACACAAGAUUUUGAACUAAAAUGGAUGAAACAUCUCUGAAAUGUCCUCUUUGUUGUGAAGAAUCGUUUGAUUCUCUAAGAUCCUUAAAAAUGCAUAUAUCUGAUGUAUUGAACAAACUAGAGUGUCCCAUUUGCAAAGGAAAUUUUAACGCUUUUGAAAAUUUCGCACAACAUUUAUUAGAAUGCGAGGUAUGCGAAUCAGAGAAUACAGAAUCAAUAAAUGAUUCAAACUCUGAUGGAAAUUCGAAGAAUCUUGAUGAAAAUAAUUUCAGUGAAGAAAAAAAUGAAAACGAGAAUGUUAAAAAUUACUGUGAAAUUUGCGAUGUUCGCUUUGAGGAAGUUAAGAAACAUUUAUCAGAGUAUCAUGUGGGCGAACAAGUAGCUAUAGAAAGUCAAAACCUUGAUGAACUAUUAGGCGAAUCAGAAGAGAUUUCUGGAGAUGAAUUACCCAGAGAAUUCCUAUCAGAACCACCUCCCUUAGUCCCUAUAGAAAGAGAUCGAGUUUUUGUUAGUAAAGAAAUCUUAAAUGAGAAUGGAAAAUUUAAUACAAAAAAUUUAACAAAAAUUGACAUAAUUCCAGAGCCCAAAAAAGUGUUUCCACUAAUGGAAAAAAUUGUUUAUCAGCAAAUUUGCGGAAAUGAAAUAAUUCUUCGAUUCUACCCAUGUAAAGAUUGCAAUAGAAGAUUUCCCCAGUUGAAUGCCUAUAAAAAACAUGAUUGCAAAUCUAAAAAAUAUGAAGUUUGUGAUAUGUGCUCAGUUCACUUUUCCAGAAAGUCGGGAUUGGCACAACAUAAAAGAAAAUAUCAUAAAGAAGAAAUCAAAUCUAAAGACAGUGAGAAACAUCAUUGUGAGGUUUGUAAUUCCAAUUUUUUAACAGAAAAAAGUUUGAUGCUUCAUAAAAAAAUGCACGAACCAAAAAAAAUAAAGAGAUUAAUUCAACCGCAAUUCAAUAAAAUGGAAGAAAUCCAUGAAAUGUUCACCUGCGAAGUUUGUGGUAAGGAAUAUGACAAGAAAUACGAAGAAGUUCAUUUGAAAUCUCACUCUGAAGAAGCAGCAAAUUGCACCAUUUGCAACCGAAAAUUCGUAGACUUGGAAGAUUUAAGUUUGCACCUUCAGGCUCACGGAAAUGAAGUGGAAAAAAAAAUAUCUUGUGGGUUCUGUAAAAAACCGUUCACGAACAAGGAGUCUUUAGGUGAUCAUGUUGAAAACGACUGUAAAGAAAGGAAAUACGCUUGUAGUUUUUGUGGGAAAAAGUUUUCGAAGGCAUUUGAGAAGGUUAAGCAUGAACGUAUCCACACUGGGCAUAAACCUUACAUCUGCGAUAUUUGCGGUAAGGCUUUCCGGGUCAGCUACUGCCUUACUCUUCAUAUGAGGACCCAUUCAGGCGUGAGACCGUAUCAGUGUCAUAUCUGUGAUAAGAGGUUUAAAUCGCACAGUGUUUACAAUCAUCAUCUUCAAAUUCACUCGGAUAUACGGCCCUAUCAUUGCCCUUUCUGUCCCAAAGCUUUUAAAACGGCAGUCCAGCUGGCUGGACACAAAAACUCCCACACCAAACCUUUCUCUUGCAAAAUUUGCAACAGGCCCUUUGCUAGCUUAUAUGCGGUAAGGUUGCAUAUGAAAUCUCACGAUGGUAAAAAUGACCUCCAACAUCAGUGUCACAUAUGUGGAGCGGAGUAUGUAAGGUAUAUCGCGCUUCAGGAUCAUGUGGCUACACACUCAGAAGCCGAAAAAGAAGAAGCGAAAAUACUAGAAAAGGAACGGAAGAUACAAGAAGAGGAAGAAAAUGAAAACAUGUCUUAACACAAUUAAAUCUAUUCUUCAAAACACUUACAAUUUUAUAAAACGAGAUAAUGUAUUAAUUAUUCCCUGAAGUAAGUUUUAUAUCCAAAGAAAAUACUAAAAAUAUUACCAAAAAAUUAUCCAAAUGGAUUUGUUUGGGAAGUUCUAUAAUUCUGUCUGUUGAGGAGAACCAGAUGUGAAAUGUGAUAAAUUCCAAUUACAAUUUUAUUAAAAACAGUCGAAUUAAUCAUGUUAUAUAACAAUUUUACUUUAAUAUAUUAUGCUUGAUUGCUUUAGUAAAUCGCAUUUGUUUUUA